UAUAAAAGCACCUCGCAGGAACCCAGCUCCAGCACUACAGAUCCCCUUGAGAUUGAGCAUUAGGACUUGUUUAAAGGACAACAAAGUAAUACGUUUGUUGGUCUUUUUAUAACCAUUGUACUCAUCUUUCACAGCUCAAGCACAGAAGCAGCAUGCUCAGGCUUUGCAUAGCUCUCUGUGUCCUGGCGACAUGCUGGGCGCAGGACUGUCUGGUGAGCAACAUCACUGUCAAACAGGACUUUGACAGGAUGAAGUAUCAAGGAACAUGGUAUGCCGUGGCCAAGAAAGACCCCGUUGGGCUUUUCCUUCUUGAUAAUAUUGUCACCAAUUUCAAAGUGGAGGAGGAUGGAACCAUGACAGCCACCGCCAUUGGAAGAGUCAUCAUUCUCAAUAAUUGGGAGAUGUGCGCCAACAUGUUUGGCACUUUUGAAGAUACAGAAGACCCUGCUAAGUUCAAGAUGAAAUACUGGGGAGCUGCAGCAUAUCUCCAGACUGGAUAUGAUGACCACUGGAUCAUUGAUACCGACUAUGAUAACUACGCCAUCCACUACUCCUGCAGAGAGCUUGAUGUGGAUGGAACCUGCUUGGACGGUUAUUCCUUCAUCUUCUCCCGAUAUCCUGAGGGUCUCAGACCUGAAGACCAGAAGAACGUGACAGAGAAGAAACAGGACAUCUGCUUCCUGGGCAAAUACAGACGUGUUGCACACACUGGUUUCUGUGACACUGCCUAAACGAGCACUACACAAAGAGCUGCUGAGGAUGUAAUCUGACAUGUUUUAUAUUUUUAACAAAUAUGUAAAUACAGACAAUAAGCAUGCUACUUAAAGAGAAUGCAUAAUAAUUUUGCACAAAGCAAAAGGAAAAAUGUUUAAUACUAGUAAGUUCAGGUGCAGGAUGUAACUGUCUUUUUUUUCAAAUAAACUUGGGGAAAAAAGUA